ACAGCCAAGAAAGAUGGUUGUGGUUAUCCCCUUUCUGUUGCUCUUAUUCUUCUCCCUUGGUGUCUCUUCUGCGCAAGAAGACGCUCAGAAGUUUGGCUAUCUUUCCCUCACGAGUGACGACAAUCCGAAUCUUCUCGUAGAAUCACCUCGCAGCAUCAUUGCAGCCUGCAACGGCUGGCUCGACACCAGUCACUGCGCAAUCAAACAGGACCUGUCACGAGGAUUGAUACUACACUAUACGUUCGACAAUGCGAGCAAUCUAGCUCAGGAUUCGACCGAAAAUGGCUACGACGGGAACGUCGUCGGCCUGUUGACGCAAACCACGGGUGUGAUUGGGUCCGGGGUCUACUUUAACGGCACAUUCAGCGACAAGAAAGAGCAUCACUACAUUGAGCUACCCAAUGUCGUCAACACACGUGCCUACACUGUAAGCUUGUGGGCCAACUUGAGCGUUCCGGAAAGCCACAACAGUCUGUUCAUGCUUCACGGAGGACAAGGGUUUCAGAACUCAAACGGAGAGCUACGAUAUAAUUGGCCGGCGUCUAAUCUGUGGAUCUUUACUAGUCACGGAAAACUGGCGGUUAUUCAAGCACGAGUGGACCUUCGAUACGUUGACUUUCCGCUACCUGUCGGCAGUACCGUACCUGACCUUGUACCUCGAAUGAGUAAAUCUCCCUUACUGGUUACCUCCUCUUGGCAUCAUAUUGCUGUAACGUUUUCUGAAGGACGUCUUAGUGCUUAUGUCGAUGGCUAUUUGGUUUACGAAUUCAUCAACGUGAAUUCGGUUCCAGUGACGCCAAAAUCUCAACGUGUGUACGUUGGAGAUUGUUUGUGUCAGCAUACAAGCCAUCCCGAUUCUUACGAGAUCAAAGGAACCCUAGACGAUCUUCGCGUUUACAGUCGUGCAUUAAGUUCUGUCGAGGUAAAGCAGUUGGUCAUGCAAGCACAGAUGUCGUGAGAACAUCAGAGUUCAGUGAAACCGUGUUAGCAUGUUUUUUCGUUGUCGAGAUGGUGUAGGACCGACCUAUAGCUACACGUUGUUCCUCCUAGAGUAAUCUGUACUAGCAAAUUGUAUUUCUUUGUCGUGUCUCACAGUGUUGCACACGCAGCUCAAUAAAUCAGUAUACGGGCAAUACUGUAGAGUUGCUGGUGCGUUUCAUUCAGACAUGGUAUGUUACUUAGACUGUCUUUUAGAGAUUACUGGGCAUGGAUAGAUAGAGCUGUUGAUAUCCUUAUGCGAUAGUAUCAGGGGUGGCAGAAACUUUUUGGAUUGGGGGGCUAACAGACUGCCGUCAUUUUUAUUUUAAUUAACCGAAU